CGAUUGCGGAACUCUGUAUCGCUGUUAAAGAGCGGAAAUCUGACCGGAAAUCGUAUUUCUGAUGUUUAUAUUUGAAUAAUAAUUAGUGUGUUUUGUUGUGGAGAAAGGAUCAUGCUGCAGUUUUGUGUGUAAAUUAAUAAUCUGGUCGUUCGAGGUGCUCGGCGGUUGAUUAUGAAUGCCUGUUCGGUGCUCCGUCCUCGCCAUGGCGCCGUUGUCCCUGUUCGCUGUGUUACUGAAAGUGGCCGCCUCUCUGCUGCUGCCGAGUCCACCGCCUCAGUCUCUCUCCUUGUUCACAAGCGCCAUUUUGGAGACAGAGCGGCGCUGUGAGUCGGCAGCAGCGGAGACGGAGCGAAAACAGGGGGGACACGGGGCGACGAGUGAGAGCCCUGUUGGGUUCAGGACCGGUUCUGUCUCCUUAUGGCCUCGGAGCAGGAUGGCGUUGGAGCCUCUACCUGCCUCAAAUUGGCCAAACCACUGCACCUGCAGCACCUGGAGCGCUCGCUCCGCCUCGACGCCUUCCUCCGACACUCCUCCGCCAUCUUCAACCGAGACAUCUCCAGUGAUGACAGUGAUGAUGGUCUGGGUGAAGGCCCGUCUCUGGCCCCUUCGAACCCUCACGCCCCGGUGCUGUCGGUGAAGGAGGAGGCGUCUGACUCUGACGAGGGUGUGAGGAGCUCACGAGGAGGAGGAGUGGAGUGCAGUACUCUGAAUGGGGCUCUGCUUCAGGAGCACAAAGCAGACAAGGCCAGUCUGUACAACUUCUCCAAGCUGAGGAAGAGCAGGAAAUGGCUGAAGGGCGUGUUGCUAAGCGACGACAGCACGGAUUCAGAUACGGAUUCGGACGAUUCGGAUUUUUCUCUGACCCGAGAGGAGCUCCACGACAUGCUGAGGCUGCACAAGUUCACCCGCACGCACCAGAGCAAGUUUCGGGCCGACCGUGAGCUGCAGCAGUAUCAGUACUACAGCGCCGGUCUCCUCUCCACUCAGGACCCGUUCUAUGAGCAGCAGCGCCACGCACUGGGGCCCAAGAAGAAAAAGAUUAAAGAGGAGAAGAAAUUUAAAGCCAAGUUAAAGAAGAUGAAAAAGAAGAAGAAACGAAGCGAGGAGUUCUCCGGCGAGGGACGGCCCUACGUCAGCAAAAUAUUCGCCAAGUUCUCCCAUGAUGCAUCUCUGCCCAUGACCAAGAAGAAACACUUGACCAUCGAGCAGUUAAACGCACGCCGGAGAAAAGUCUGGCUGACGAUCGCCAAAAAGGAAAACCCCAAAGCUUUUAAGCAGAAAGCCUCUGCGAAGAACUUCAUGUUAACCAACGCCAAAAAGCUGGCCCACCAGUGCAUGCGUGAGGUGCGUCGAGCAGCGAUCCAGGCGCAGAAGAACUGUAAGGAGACGCUGCCUCGAGCUCGACGCCUCACCAAGGAGAUGCUGCUUUACUGGAAGAAGUACGAGAAGGUGGAGAAAGAACAUCGCAAACGCGCUGAGAAAGAGGCUUUAGAGCAGCGCAAACUGGACGAGGAGAUGAGAGAGGCAAAGCGGCAGCAGAGGAAGCUGAACUUCCUGAUCACGCAGACGGAGCUGUACGCUCACUUUAUGGGCGGGAAACACAAAGGUGUGGGCGGGGACAGCGCUCAGGACGAGAUCCUCAGCAAGCUGGACGAGAGCGCCGCUCAGAGGCAGAUCAACAUCGGCGGGGGGGUGAUGGUCAACGUGGGCCACGAGGAGUACGACAGUGAAUACUACAAAUCUCAGGCCCUGAGGAACGCCAAAGAAGCCUACCAGAUCCACCAAGCCAGAACGAGGCAGUUUGACGAGGAAUCAAAGGACAGCCGCAGUGCCUCUCUACACGUGGCGGGUGGGUGUGGCUCCGGGUUCGGGGAGAGCUACAGCCUGUCUAAUCCCUCCAUCCAGGCUGGAGAGGACAUCCCUCAACCCACCAUCUUCAACGGCAAGCUCAAAGCCUACCAGCUCAAGGGCAUGAACUGGCUCGCUAACCUUUACGAACAGGGCAUCAAUGGCAUCCUGGCAGAUGAGAUGGGUCUGGGUAAAACGGUCCAGAGCAUCGCCCUGCUGGCCCACCUGGCCGAGAGAGACAACAUUUGGGGUCCGUUCUUGAUCAUCUCUCCGGCCUCCACACUCAACAACUGGCACCAGGAGUUCACCCGCUUCGUGCCUAAAUUCAAGGUGUUGCCGUACUGGGGGAACCCUCACGACCGGAAGGUCAUCAGAAAGUUUUGGAGCCAGAAAACGCUGUACACGCAGAACGCACCCUUCCACGUGGUGAUCACGAGUUACCAGCUGGUGGUGCAGGACGUGAAGUAUUUCCAGCGGGUCAAGUGGCAGUACAUGGUUCUGGAUGAAGCGCAGGCUCUGAAGAGCAGCACCAGCGUGCGCUGGAAGAUCCUGCUUCAGUUCCAGUGUCGAAACCGACUGCUGCUUACAGGAACACCCAUCCAGAACACCAUGGCCGAGUUGUGGGCUCUGCUGCACUUCAUCAUGCCGACUCUGUUCGACUCCCAUGAGGAGUUCAACGAGUGGUUCUCCAAAGACAUAGAAAGUCACGCCGAGAACAAAUCCGCCAUCGAUGAGAACCAGCUCUCCAGACUGCACAUGAUCCUGAAGCCCUUCAUGCUGCGCAGGAUAAAGAAGGAUGUAGAGAACGAGCUCUCGGAUAAGAUCGAGAUCUUGACGUCGUGCCAGCUGACGAGCAGACAGAGGCUCCUGUACCAGGCUCUGAAGAACAAGAUCUCCAUCGAGGACCUGCUGCAGUCGUCCAUGGGCACGGCCCAGCAAGCGCACAGCACCACCAGCAGCCUCAUGAACCUCGUCAUGCAGUUCCGAAAGGUGUGUAAUCACCCAGACCUGUUUGAGAGACAGGAGACGCGUUCUCCGUUCCACAUGUCCCUCAAACCCUUCAUCAUGUCCAAGUUCCUGUUCCGCCACAGCCUGCUUCAGACCUGCAGCCCGGGGAGGAGCAGACUGCUGCAGGUUUUAUUCUCACCGUUCUCUCCUCACCACAUCCACCGCUCCUUAUUUCACAACACAAGUGAUGAAGGCAGCUGCUUCUCAUUUCUGCGCUUCAUUGACGUCUCUCCAGCCGAGAUGUCCAACGCCAUGCUGCAGGGAACGCUGGCCAGAUGGCUCGCACUUUACCUCUCCUUUAAAGCUGCGCACCGGCUCCGUCACCGGCGGCUGUGGAGCUCAGACGGGGAGGGGGAAGGGGGGAGGAAGGCUGGGAGCAGUGUGAGCUCUGGAUCGUGUUCUCUCUCCAACAGAGAUCUCAUCCUGUGGCCCGACAGAACCACCUCCUUCCCCAACACGCACAACAGCACCGUCCUACAGGAUCUGGUUUUCACUUCUUUGCGUCCGUGGAUCUUCUCACACACAGAUGUCGUGAUACACAGCAGACGCUCCAACACCUCCACCCUCAGACGCUGCCAACCCACCCAGUCACCCAAGUUCCUCCUCACUGCUACACCCAGGGUGACGGCGGUCCCUGUCGAGCGUUACUGUGCGGACCGCAGCGCCGAGUAUGAGUGGCGGCAGGUCCGUGACGGUGGGAGUUUGACAGCCAAGCAGUGCUUCCUGUUCGGCUCACCUGAGCUGGCGCGCACCUGGGCCGCCCGCGCUCACUACUUCCGCCCUCAGAGCCCGGAGGGGUUGAUGGCUCUGCAGCCCCGACACGGCUGGUCCUUCAUCAGGAUACCGGACAAGGAGAGUCUGAUCACAGACAGCGGGAAGCUGCACACUCUGGACCUGCUGCUGACUCAGCUGAAGUCUCAGAACCAUCGCGUCCUCAUCUACUCCCAGAUGACCCGCAUGAUCGACCUGCUGGAGGAGUACAUGGUGUACCGAAAACACACGUACAUGCGACUGGACGGUUCGUCCAAGAUCUCAGAACGUCGUGACAUGGUGGCAGACUUCCAGAGCCGGACGGAUAUUUUUGUGUUUCUCCUCAGCACUAGAGCAGGGGGUCUGGGGAUUAAUCUGACCGCUGCAGACACGGUGAUUUUCUAUGACAGUGACUGGAACCCCACGGUGGAUCAGCAGGCCAUGGACCGAGCUCACAGACUGGGCCAGACCAAACAGGUCACAGUUUACCGCCUCAUAUGUAAAGGGACAAUCGAGGAGCGAAUCCUACAGCGGGCCAAAGAGAAGAGCGAGAUUCAGAGGAUGGUGAUUUCAGGAGGGAAUUUCAAACCCGACACCCUGAAGCCCAAAGAGGUGGUCAGUCUGCUGCUGGAUGACGAGGAGCUGGAGAAAAAACUGCGUUUACGGCAGGAGGAGAAGAGGCAGCAGGAGGAGAGCAGCAAGGUGAAGGACCGUAAGAGGAAGAGAGAGAAAUACGCCGAGAAGAGGAAAAAGGAGGAGGACGCAGAGACGAUGAAGAAGAAGAAAGAAGGCGUGAACUUGGUGAUCCCGUACGCCCCCUCGGCGGAUAACUCCAACCUGUCAGCAGACGGCGAGGACUCGUUCAUCAGCGUGGACAUGGAGUCGGCCAUGCCCAGCCCCUUCAGUGAGAUCUCUCUGAGCAGCGAGCUGCAGCCGGGGUCUCUGCCAGCCGACGAGAGCAGCAGCGACAUGCUGGUGAUCGUGGAUGAACCUCUGCCCACUAACUCGCCCGCCUCGGGCACCGGCUCCAUCUCGGACAACAUGAACGAUCAGACGUUGAACCUGAUGUCAGUCUGCGUUUGUCCUGCAGGCGUGUCUUCUCUAGACGUCUCGAGUCCAGGCAGAGGAAGAGCCGCACGGAGCCGAGGACGACCCAAAGGCUCGGGGAGCGGCGGGAAGUGCGCAAGCAGGAAGGGUCGAGGGAGGAAGUCGACGGCAGGCAGUGCAGCGGCGAUGGCUGGAGCGAAGGCAGGGGCGGCGGCUGCCUCGGCUGCAGCGUACGCGGCGUAUGGCUACAGCGUGUCGAAAGGUCUUGCUGCUGCUGCUUCUGGCUCCUUGCAGCCAGUGAUCGCUCGAUCUUCAGCCUCGGCGGUGUUCGUCCCCGUGGGCACGCCCUCCGCCCAGGCGAAAGGCUCGUCCCUGGGUUCCGGCGCUCAGCUCCUCCCACACGGCAGCUCGCACAUCCUUCACGCUCCCUCAAAAAGAGGCAAAGCUCCAAGCGGACAUGGUGGCGGACGGUAGCAGCGGCACCGCGUCGAGGUUCUCGUUCGGCCAGUAAUUUUAGUCUCGGGGUCUGGGAUUGUGUCUGUCUGUCUGUCUGUCCGUGCGGAAUGGAACGGAAAUCAUUUCACCAGGCCUGUCGUCACUGUGAAAGAGGAUCGUUGUUUUGGUUUUUCGGCUGAAAUUCGACAGUUUUUGCACUUAUCCAUCAGCUCGUUUUAAUCCAGCAUACAAACAGGAAGUUCAAUCUCAACCUCAAAUAAUCGUCUCGACUCCAAAACGCCAGAUUGUGAAACGUCGAGCGUUUAAACCUUCUUCUCUUUAUCCAGUCGUUUGAUUUGAAGAACAAUCUACUUGAGCUUCAUUAAUAUAUAAAUAUUCUGAAAAUAUUCCUGCAAGGAGAAUUAUUAUUAUUAUGAUUAUUUUUUUUAAUGAAGGUGUAAAGUGUAAAUGUGAUGCUGCUUUAAAAAAAAAAAAUGUGGGGAAAGAAACCGAUAACUGCUCCACCGAAUGUGGAAUAUUUCUGACCUGGAUGUAAAAUGUAUAGCUUAAGUUAAACCAAAAAGUGUUAAUUUAUGAAAAUUUGUGCAAACUGUAAAUUGUGACGGAGCUGUUUAUUUUUAAACGUAUUGUUUGAAAUCGCAUCGUUUUUGUGGCACCUGUGGGGGUUUUUUUGGGGGGUGGGGGGCGGAGUUUAUUUUGUCUCCGAAGCGUGAUUUUGUGCAGUGUUUGUAUAUAUGACGGCGGAUCUCGCACAUUUCGACGUUCUCCGUAUUUCCCAUGAUGCUCGUCUAUUUUUAUAGGUCACCAUGUACAUACGAGAGAAAGAAAAGUGUUGUUUUACUAACGUGGAGUAAAUCCGAAAUAAUAAUAUUAUUAUUAUUAUUAUUAAUAAUAAUCGUAACAAUAAAGAAA